AUGGACCAUGUCUACCUGCAUGUCGAUGGCGAUGGGCUCGAUCCGGAAGAAGACGCGCUCCUGCAGCAGUUCGCCGCCACAAAGCGCGUGCUCGGCCACGAGGUAGCCCGCGCCAGGAGCAGCGAGACGACGCACGUCCUCUGGGUGCUAGCGCCGACCGACGGUGGCAUGGAACGGCAGCUCAGCGACCGGCUACAAGCACUGGCAGGCGACGCGGCGCUCUGCGUGGACCUGCUCUUCCUGCACCCAAACGCAGCGCCUUACUCACAGCCGCUCUACGACGAGCUCUUGUCGCUGCGGUGGCACGCCCAUGCCUACUGCUUUGAGGCCUGCCAUGGCGACGUCGCACGCUUGGCACAGGUCCUCGGGCUCCUCCUCUCGGUGCCCUCGCAGCGCGUCGACCAAGCAGCGGCCGAGGCCCGCGUGGGCACGAGCUAA